AUGUUUUUUUUUUGUUUUUUUUAGCACAACAACUAAUGUGUAUUGUAAGGGUAAGGACACAAUAUUUUCGCCCUUUCGUUUUGGGGUUGAGGACAUUAGCAACAAGAUGUGGUUUCACAACCUUGCCUACCAUAAUUGUUUCCUUACCAAUUUUGUAAGUUUUUUUUUUUAUUUAUAUGUUUUUGUUGUUUAUUUUAAUUAUUUUAUGUUUUUAAGUGUUGUUCUGUUAGUUUUUUUUAUAAGAUUGAAGGAUUUUUUAUUAUCUUUUUUUUUUGCAGCACAUUGACAUUAUUUUCUACUAUCUUCGUAAGAAAAUAAUGUACUCAGCCGAGCCGAAAAUCAAAGUCACCACAACUGAUUACCUUUUUUGUUCUAGCAUAACAAGCUUGUAUGAGAAGUUUGUUGAGAAAAAGAACGAUAUAUCGGUGUUGUCUCUUUCUCAUAAUGUGACCCAGUACAUCUGUGGUGGUAAGAUAUUAUGUGCCACUCCUUGGCAUUUGGUUGAUCAUGUUGUUAUGCCUAUCAAUGUCAAAUUACAGGAUCAUUGGAUUUGUGGUCGUUUAAACAUAGCUGAGCGGUGGAUAUAUCUGUACAAUUCAUUGCGUUCUGGAAGGUAUAUGACAGCUGCCAAAGAAGCUUGCAAGUCUUUUUCUGUUAUUUUACCAUAUUAUUUCUCUAUGUUAGACUUCAAAGGCCUUCGCAAUGAAUCUAAGUUUAGCACGAUGGAACCGUUCCCGAUUGUUGUUGUUGAUGGUUUACCCGAGCAGGUCACAGCUGAUUGUGGUGUUUUCGUAGCAUCAUUUGCUGAGUAUUUCAUUGAUGGCAAACCCAUCCCAUCCUCUGGUUUUGAUGUGAAAAUUCACCGCGAUCGUUUGGCUGUGUUAUUUUAUCAUUAUGGCAUGAAGAAGCAACUUGAGAACAUUGAAAGUGAAUCCGAGGCCCCUCCCAGCCUUCCCAAGAAAUGAUUUGUCCUUUUUCAAUCAGAUUGUCAUUGUUUUUAUGUUGUUUUUAUGUUUUUUUACUGUUGUUUCUGGAAACAAACAUUGAUCUUCUUUUAUGUUUUUACAUUUUUUUGUGGACAAUAUGUAAUCUUUAUUUCUGUAUGUUUUUUUUUCUUUUUGUUAUGUAUAAACAAGUUGUUAUGUUAAAUUUGUUAGUAUUUUCAUUUCACAUCACAUCUUUUUAUGUAUUUUCUUUUCUUAUAGUUUUUUUGUUUUUUUCUGUUUUUUUUUCUCCCAGUUGUUAAGAUACCUUUUCAAGUGUUUAAUAAUAAUUCAGUAAUGUUAUUAACUUUUUUGAAUACAAAUAUUCAUUUCAUUAAUAAAAAAAACAAACUGUUUAAGUAAUAAACUUCAUAUAUAUAUAUAUAUUCAAUUUAGUAUCAAACAUCUUUUAAUAUCCAAUCUAAAGUAUUAUCAAAUCCCAAUGUAAUCAAUGUUUUCAAAUAAAAACUUUAAUCUCUAUGUAUUUCAAAAAUUUAAAUUCCUCAAUAUCUCAUU